GAGCCCUGCCGUGAUUAACUGGGAAGCCUGGAGAGGUCCUUGAGAUGGAAUAACAUCGUUUGGCUUCGUAUAGUAUUUUUGCAGACCACCGUGAAGAAAAUCCAUCAGCCGGGGCGAACAUCAGCCUGUCAUGUCAUCCGGCGAAGAAGCACCAAGAACCGAGAAAGUGGAAAGGGAGAAAGUAGAAAGAGUGGAGAGGGAAGAAGAACAGGAGAAGAAGGAUAUCAUUGCUAGCGGAAUUACUGGAAAAGUCAAGUGGUUUAACGUGAAGAGUGGAUAUGGUUUUAUUACUAGGGAUGAUAACAAUGAAGAUAUCUUUAUCCAUCAGACCGCCAUAUCGAAGAACAAUCCAAGGAAGCUGAAACGAAGUGUGGGAGAUAAUGAAGAAGUUGUGUUUGAUGUUGUACGCGGUGCUAAAGGCGACGAGGCGUUCAAUGUAACUGGUCCGGACGGAAGUCCUGUUAAAGGUUCUAUCUAUGCUCGUGAUAGAAGACCUAGACGUGGGCGUGGAGGAUUCAGGGGUCGGGGAGGAGGUAGACGUAGGUACCGAGAUUCGGAACGUGAGGGAGAGGAACGUGAGGGAGACGAAGGAGGACAGCGCGAGCGAAGAGACGAGGGACCACGCGAACCACGUGAGCGCAGAGACGAAGGACCACGCGAACCGCGCGAGCGCAGAGAUGAGGGACAGCGCGAGCGCAGGAGAUCUCCCGAGCCGAGACGCGAGAGACGUCGCUCCGAUCGCAGGAACGACUCUCGUAGCGAGGAGCCUCGAAGAGACGGCAGAGAUCAUCCCAGAGAAGUAGACUAUCGGGAUUCUCGACCAGGCGGAAGAAAUUACUACUCAGUACGAUCCGAUGAGACCGGAGGAGCAGGAGCAAGCGCAAGUGCUCCACCCCGAGGAAGAGGAGGACGUGGACGGUCCAUGUCUCGUGGAGUAGGCGGAGAACGAGGACGAGGCCGGGGAGCCGGCAGAUCAUCUGUUGGGCGAGGACGUGGUCGUGGUGGCAGAGGAGCUACUUAUUACAGGAACAGCGACUAUAACGAGUUCCAUGAUUACCGUCCCAGACAGAGUAACAGAGGUCGAGGUAGAAAUGACGACAACAGAAGAGACUCUUACAAUGACGGAGAAGAUCGGGGACACGAGGGAGAUAACAUGAACAAGGACCAACAAGCCCCCCGACGCGGCAGACCAAGGUACCGCAACCGUCGCAGCCAAGGAGAACCAACUGAACGGAACGGAGCUGAAGCAACAAGUGCUUAGAACCCUCCUUGGAAAUGUAGACUGUGCAUGAUUUUUGAAAUCGUUAGAUCAUCACUAAUGGAACACUAACAUCUUACUCUUAGCUUGAUUUGUGUGACUCUUGUCGUUAUAUAUACAGGAAACAUCAAAAAUAUAAGCAUUCUAUCAUCAAUGUGUCCAACAACAUCAUUCAAUGCUAUACUUUUAUUUGCUUUUUUUAUUUAGCACAUUCAUUAUUGGCUAUCCUGCUUACCCUACACUAUUAAAUUAUUGGAAUUUUCUACGAUUUUCCGUUGUUUUUUGUACCGCGUGCAGGUGUAGUUUCUUAUAUGUACUACCAACUUUUAUUGAUACGCAUGUCUAAGAUACAUGAGAACAGUUCACUCAACAGCCAUGCUCUGACCACCUUAACGAUAUAGUUUUGAUUUGAGAUAUAUAACUUAUUGUUAUGUUAGUUGGCUUUGUUUGUAACAAUGCGUUCUCUGUAUUUUGACUGUAGUUAUUACUUCUGGAAACGAUAUAA